CUCCCCCGCGAAUCCGCGAUCCCCUCCCUCUCCAGUCCACUCCCCCCGGAAAACCCCACUGCGCAGCGCGAACCCUAGGCCGAUCGCCCCGCAAUGUCGAAGCCCCAGGACGCCGACCUCGAGGCGGGCGUGCCCGCGGGCGCCGCCGCUACGGCGGCGGCGGAGGCGGAGAAGGCGAAGGCCCCGGCCCCGGCCCCGGCGGCGGCGGCGGAGGCGAAGAAGGUGGCGGAGGAGGAGGACCCGCGGCUGCGGUGGGCGUUCGUGCGCAAGGUCUACGCCAUCCUCUCCCUGCAGUUCGCGGUCACAGCGGCGGUCUCCGUCGCGGCCUGCCUCGUCCGCGCCGUCCCGCGCUUCUUCACCUCCGGGCCCCCCGCCGCCGUCUGGCCCGUCUUCAUCGUGAUCCUCGUCUCGCCGCUCGUCGUGAUGUUCCCCAUGAUGAAGUACCGGGAGAAGCAUCCCAGGAACCUGGUGCUGCUCGGCGUCUUCACGCUCUGCUGCAGCCUCAGCAUCGCCGUCACCACCUCCAGCAGCGUCGGCAGAGUGGUUCUGCAGUCUGCCAUCCUCACUGCAGCUGCUGUUCUGGGGCUCACCCUCUUCACCUUCUGGGCUGUGAAGAAGGGCUACGACUUCACCUUCAUGUUCCCCUUCCUGUUCACCUGCCUCAACGUGCUGCUGGUGUACCUCAUCAUCCAGGUCUUCUUCCCGCUUGGAAGGGUCGGCAUCACCAUCUACGGGUUCCUGGCUACCAUCGUGUUCUCGGGCUUCAUCAUCUUCGACACCCACAUGCUGCUCAAGCGCCACACCUACAACGAGUACGUGGUCGCCGCCAUCUCCCUCUACCUGGACGUCAUCAACCUCUUCAUGGCCCAGAUGUCGCUCUCCUUCCAGUGAGCCAUCACCGGUCUCACCUCAACCACCCCUGACUUCGCCUCGCUCGCCUGGUACAUGGUGGAUCACGUGACAUAGCUUCACAAGUCUAGCUGCCUCAAUUUACCUCUUACCUAGUAAGCACUACAGCCUAUGGAGCUGGAGACUGCUAUGUAAUUAGCCACUCUAUGGCUGCGACGUGGUAUAUAUGACAGCCGUGCUAAUAUCCGAUAGAUAACCAUAGACAUUGAGAUAUCAUGCUCGAUCGUGCUUCUUCGGCCACCGGGUAGUUCUGAUUGUUAGGCUGCUGUUGGUUCUGAAACCUUAAUGGAGAUCGAAAUUACACUCCUGUCGCUUGUGUG